UCCACCUUUGCCUGGAUGGCUUGAGAUGGUUUUGAGUCUUUCAAACGAAAUUGUAAAAGAUCUUGUCCUCUCCAAAUACAGAUGUGGAUUUUGUCACUGUUGCUUAUUUUUAAAAUUUCUGUUGUGUUUGCACUCAAACCUUUUUUAUUCCCCCAUAUUUGAAUUUCAUCAAAAAUUAAAAGAAAAGCAACACAUUUGAAAUCUGAUUGUAUUUUACUUGUUUGUCUGUGUUUUAUAAAAGAGAAAUGACAUUUCCUGGGCUCAUAGGGAAGUUUCCUGUUACACAUUGUUCACAUCAAUGUAAAUGGGGCUGUGGAAUCAGGGCUUUGGAAAACAUGUCUUACCUCUUCCCAGGGCCAUCUCCUGGAGGAUGGUUUUGUGCAGUCUACUUUUGUGUGAAAAUGAAUUAAACUAAUAACAUUUCAUUGUAUCCCAAAAGAAAAAAAAUCAUUUAUCAAUUUCCCCCUCUAAAUAAUGUUAUGCAGGGCAACAAAAGGAAAAUUAAAACCUCUGACUUUAAAUCUUGAGCAUCUUGGAACAUCACACAAUUUUAAUAGCUUAUUUUUAAAAGCUGAAGUGACACACUGGGCAGUAAGAACCCUAAAGAUUGGGAGAAUGCAACAAUCCCCCUCCCCACCCCCGCCUAAAAGUGAUGCAGAAACGCUUUUAAAACUACUUUGAUGGCAAAUCGCUUGAAAGAUAUGGAUUUCAUUCUUUAAAAAAGCCAGUUUUUAUGGUUUUAAAAUAAAACAUCUCGCUUGCUAGUUCAGCUAUCAAUUAUUAGACCAUUGAUAGCAAGGUAAAAGGCAAUUCAAUUAUUAGUAAAUAUAUAAUGAAGACAUUGCUUGAUUUAAAAAUAAUUAUUUUCUUGGAUCAAUUCUAAUUCAUGGGUCUUUCGAAGAAACUGAGGCACACACGUGGAGUACAUUCUGGGCUGGAAGGAGAGAUUCUGCUCAAAGGAUAUUAUUUACUUAGCUGCUUCCUUCUGGAGAGAUGCUGUUGGCCUGCUCUGCCACUGUAUCUCCCAGAGGCAAAAGUUAAAAUCGCUGCCCCAGAUCCCGCCUCCUCCCCCCCGCCCCCUCCCCCCUUAAUUGGAAGUGGCAGAUCCAGAUCCGGUGAGCAGUGAGAUUAUAUUUCGAGCCAAUUCCUUUGAAGCAUAUUAAAAAGGACUCCAUGAGCUAAAAAGUCGAGGUAACACAUUUCCUUUUGGGAAAGAUGUAUUUUGACUUCCUUUGGUGCUUAUAGCGGAGCCAAACUGCUCAGAUUGUUUUACAACCCAUAGGAUUUUAAUACCCUUCCUCAUUCCGUCUCCCCAUCCGUGAGCCCUGCGUGAGCGUUUGGCAGACUGGUGUCCUUCCCAAACAAGUUUCCAGCAUCAUCUCUACCAGCAGGAGGACGGGCGACCCUCUCAUCGCCCUCUUUCUUCAGCGUAGCCUGGGGCCCUUCCAGGGGAGGAGGAAGCGUGUGCGUGUUGGAAGGGGCUCUGCGCGCGGUGAGGCGGAGGGUUUGAAGUCCCCCCUCCGACCCCCCCACCUCCGCCUUUUGUCCCCGGCGGGGGUCCCCAGCGCUCAGCCACCACUCGCCCUGCGGCCGCGUGCCGGCGCGCGCUCUCCGCCGGGAGCGUCUGGGAAACGCGGGGCGCUGCGCGCGCAGGCCCGGCGCAAACUUUCUGCAAGUGCAACUCGGCCGUCCCCGGGGAGGAGGGGGUGCGGGGCUCCGGGGGAGGAGGGGGGAGGGCGCCGAGCGAGAGCUGAGGCGGCCGCGAGCAGCGGGGCGGACUCCCGCUGGGCCGAGGGUCUGAAAGGGAGCCAAUCGGGCAGCCGCGACGGCUGCCAAUCACGCGGCCCUCUCCAAUCCCACCCGUGCCAUUUCCCAAAUCUUGGUCCCACUGUGCGAGCUCGGAUGUGGUGUUCACUCUGCCAAUCGCUGGAGGACGGAGUGGGGACGGGAAUGGGCAGAGUUAGGAGACCAGGACAAAAGAAGUUAAAGAGCCCCUCAUAUAUGUAUCCAUGUUUUUGGAGGAGGGCAGAGGGGGGGAAAAAAAGUUACCCCAGGGAGGGCCUAUGGGUUUGACGGUGUGGUUCUGAUGGAGCCCCCUUUGAGCAAGAGGAACCCGCCCGCGCUGAGAUUAGCGGACUUGGCACCGGCUCAGGCCAACAGGCCUCUCCAGACUAUGACAGGCUUCCCCGCGCUGGCCGGCCCGCCCGCCCACUCCCAACUUCGCGCCCUCGCCGCGCACCUCCGCCCUCAGGACCCGGGCGCUGACCUCGGAGUGGCCAUCACUCCGCUCGGACCCGAGCACAUGGCCCAGGAGAGCGCCCUCCGCCUCAGCCCUCCCUCCCAGGCGCCCCCGGCGCAGCCCGAGGCUCCCGCGGCCUCGGCGGCGCGCCCCGGAGCCGGCACCGGCACCCACCCCGGCGGCGGCGGCAGCGUGCUGCCCUCCGCGCCACCGCCCCCGGCCCCUCCUCUUCCUCCCUCCCCUUCGCCCCCUUCCCCUCCCCCUCCUCCCCCUCCUCCUCCUGCCCUCUCGGGCUACACCACCACCAACAGUGGCGGCGGCGGCAGCAGCGGCAAAGGCCGCAGCAGGGACGUCGUCCUCCGGAGGGACCUCUCCGCCACGGCCCCCGCGGCGGCGGCGGCGGCCAUGCACGGGGCCCCGCUCGGAGGGGAGCAGCGGCCCGGCGCCGGCUCCCCCCAGCACCCGGCCCCGCCUCCCCCCUCGGCCGGCAUGUUCAUCUCGGCCAGCGGCACCUACGCGGGCCCGGACGGCGGCGGCGGCGGCGGCGGGGGCCCGGCGCUCUUCCCCGCGCUGCACGACCUGCCGGGCGCUCCCGGCGGCGGCCACCCGCACCCGCUCAACGGCCAGAUGCGCCUGGGCCUGGCGGCGGCGGCGGCGGCGGCGGCGGCCGAGCUGUACGGCCGCGCGGAGCCGCCCUUCGCGCCCCGCUCCGGCGACGCGCACUACGGGGCGGUGGCGGCCGCGGCAGCCGCCGCCCUGCACGGCUACGGAGCCGUGAACUUAAACCUGAAUUUGGCCGCAGCUGCAGCGGCUGCAGCCGCGGCGGCGACCGGGCCGGGACCCCACCACCUGCAGCACCACGCGCCGCCCCCGCCGCCGCCGCCGCCGUCCGCGCCCGCGCAGCACCCGCACCCGCACCACCCCCACCUGCCGGGGGCGGCCGGGGCCUUCCUGCGCUACAUGCGGCAGCCAAUCAAGCAGGAGCUCAUCUGCAAGUGGAUCGACCCGGAGGAGCUGGCCGGCCCGCCGCCGCCGCCACCGCCCCCGGCCGGCGGCGCCAAGCCCUGCUCCAAAACGUUCGGCACCAUGCACGAGCUGGUGAGCCACGUCACCGUGGAGCACGUGGGCGGCCCCGAACAGAGCAGCCACGUCUGCUUCUGGGAGGACUGUCCGCGCGAGGGCAAGCCCUUCAAGGCCAAGUACAAGCUCAUCAACCACAUCCGCGUGCACACGGGCGAGAAGCCCUUCCCCUGCCCCUUCCCGGGCUGCGGCAAGGUCUUCGCGCGCUCCGAGAACCUCAAGAUCCACAAGCGCACUCAUACAGGGGAAAAGCCUUUCAAAUGUGAAUUUGACGGCUGCGACAGGAAGUUCGCCAACAGCAGUGACAGAAAGAAACACUCCCAUGUCCACACCAGCGACAAGCCCUACUACUGCAAGAUCCGAGGCUGUGACAAGUCCUACACCCACCCGAGCUCCCUGAGGAAGCACAUGAAGAUUCACUGCAAGUCUCCACCGCCUUCUCCGGGAGCCCUUGGCUACUCGUCCGUGGGGACUCCCAUGGGCGCCCCCUUGUCCCCUGUGCUGGACCCAACAAGGAGUCGCUCUAGCACUCUCUCCCCUCAGGUGACCAACCUCAACGAGUGGUACGUUUGCCAGGCCAGCGGGGCCCCCAGCCACCUCCACACACCUUCCAGCAACGGAACCACCUCCGAGUCUGAAGAGGAGGAGAUGUACGGGAACUCUGAAGUUGUGCGGACGAUACAUUAGAAUGUAUGAAUAAAUAAUAACAAGUAAAAAUAGCAAAUGGGACUUCUUGGACUAUCUCCUAACCUGAGACAAUGCUGAGCCUGGGAAAAUCUGUGACUCAGACUUGCCACCGGGUCUAAUUAGCCCUAUUUAUUUGGUAUGAAACCCUAUGGUGUUUGUACAUUUAAUUAAUUUAAUUAAGAUAUUUGGGCAUUCUCUCCCCUCUCCCCCUCCUAGAAAACAAAAAACAAC